AGUGUGUGUAGCGGUGAAAGGGAGGAAAGUUUCCCCGGAUCGGAGCGCCUCAGAGCGGGUUCAGUAACCGGGAGAUCCGCGCUGUGUUGUCGGGGUUCGGUGGGGCGGAGACGCGGGCGGAGGCGCUGCUGGAUUAAUCUUGUUCCCCCCGGGUGGUGAGUCCGAGCGGGGCGAACAUGGGGAGGGAGCAGGAGCUGCUGGAGGCGGCCCGCACCGGGAAUGUAUCCGCCGUCGAGAAGCUGCUGAGCGGGAGGAGAUCGACGGGAGGAUCCGGAGGAGGAGCGGGACAGGGCGGACACGGAGCCAGUCCUCACCCGCUCUCGAGCUUACUCAGUAUCUGGAGGGUUCCCAAUAUAAACUGUGUGGACAGUAACGGGUACACGCCUCUACACCACGCCGCGCUCAACGGCCACAGUGAGGUGGUGGAGCUGCUGCUGAAGAACGACGCCCUCACCAACAUGGCGGAUAAUAAGGGCUGUUACCCGCUGCACCUCGCCGCCUGGAAGGGGGAUCAGCGCAUCGUCAGGAUGCUCAUCCACAAGGGCCCGUCCUACCCCAAACUCAACGAGCAGAAUAACGAUAAUGAGACGGCGCUACACUGCGCGGCGCAGUACGGACACUCGGAGGUGGUGCGGGUGCUGUUGGAGGAACUGACCGACCCCACCAUGAGGAACACCAGGUUCGAGACGCCGCUGGACCUCGCCGCUCUGUACGGGCGCCUCGAGGUGGUCAAACUGCUGCUGUGUGCCCACCCCAACCUGCUCAACACCCACAAACACACCCACACACACACACCCCUGCACCUCGCCGCCCGAAACGGUCACCUGCCCGUGGUGGAGGUGCUGCUGGCCGCCGGCAUGGACAUCAACUACACGACAGAUAAAGGCAGCGCUCUUCAUGAAGCUGCUCUCUAUGGGAAGACAGACGUGGUCCAGAAGCUGCUGAGUGCAGGUAUUGAUGUGAACAUUAAGGAUAAGAAGAACCUCACGGCUCUGGACGUUGUGAAGGAAAUGCCGUCUCAGAAAAGCCGCCAGAUCGCCGCACUCAUACAGGCUCAUAUGAGUGGUCGUCCUCCUGAUCUUCCUUCUCCUCCAGCACCUCCUCCACAGGAGAACCAAAAAACAGAGGUGCAGCAGCUGGAUGAGGAGAGCCCGUAUGAAGCUCUGUUUGAAGCUUCAUCAUGUCACUCGCUGGACAGUCUGACCAGCGGAAAAUCUUCAGACCGAGACUCAGGACGACCGGAGAGUGAAAUGAGCAGAUCGUUGGUGAAGGACCGUCCUGCUCCUGUAUCCCUCUCUGGAGGAGCUCAUGAGGAGGAGCUCAGUCAGGCUGUAUGCACCAGCAGCAGUGUGGAGGAGAGACUGGAGGAGGAUGAAGAUCAUACAUACGAAACACUCUCCACAGCACAGACCAAACACCCCCCACACACACACUCAGAUUCUUCCACCAAGUCUUCCAGUAGCCUCGUACCUCAGCAGCAGAAAACCACACACACUGACCUCCGACCUGCAGGACUAAACACACAUCCACCCAAAUCACCAGGACCCCCCAUCACCGGCUCCACCACUGCAGGUACGUGUGUGUGUGCGUGUGUGUGUGCGUGCGCGUGCGCGUGUGUGUGCCGUCAGACUAAACUCGGGCACAGUUAUCAGGACUACCAUGGCUCCUAUCACUACAGCGGGUUCUCCGUGCUGCUCCAACUGCUACAGACUCCUAUGGAGAAUCGCUGUGCUGGAGACAAAAAUGCUCACAAUCCUACCUGGAACGGACAGGAGAAAUGGUUCCAGAUCACUCGCGGAAAUCUGAUCGAGGUUACCCCCAGUGGUAAUGGUAACGAAUCAAAACCAGAGAAGCUGACUAUAAAAGGGGUCUCAAAGCGGGCUAGCAAAAACACGAUCAAGCAGAGGCCCUCGCCUGAUGCAGAGAACGCUCCGAAAACUCUGAUCGUCGGUGACUCUGCCAUCAAGAAUAUAGGCAGCAGAUCAAUGCUAACAUGCUGUCUCCCGAACGUGACCGUCUCGGAAUUAAAUGAGGAACUUCCCAACAUCCUCUCCCAGCAUGGAGCGAUCGACCGAAUUAUUCUGCACGUGGGCAGAACCCCCUCCCCGUUCUCUGAGGCCACUUCAACACCGUCAGCAGCAGCCUUGUACUUCAUCUCCUCUGGCUGUACAGAGUUCAGAAUGUUCAGCGAGUGCUACUGA